CCCCUUCCUCCUUGAAUGAGUCUCCCAGUUGUGAAUGGAGGCAGGCGGAGGGGGGCGUGGCUUGGGCGCGGAGGGGGGCGUGGCCUAAUGCCCGGGCCUGGCGUCGCCCUGCUUUGCAGGAAUUUGCACAAAAAAAAAAAACCAGGGGAGCCAGGAAUUUGCAAAGAGGGCUGGCUUCCUGUCGCCCCCUCGGAAGGGGGAAAAAGGCCAGGGGAAGAUUAUGCUCGCCUGGAUCCAUCCCUGGGGGACACUCUCUGGCCCUUUUUGGCCUCCAAAGCGGGAAAGUGGGGGGAUUUCCCACCCUUUUCCUAUUCUUUUGCAAUAUUUCAGCAGAUUCCUCUGAUUUGCAGCAUGCCUUGGGCAGAUUUUGCAUUUUAUUUUAUUGCAAAAACACCCAAAACUUUGGGAGAAAGAACCUUAAUCCUUAAUAAUAAUAAUAAUUUUUAUUAAUAAUAAUUUGCAAAAAAUUUUAAAUAUUUUUGCAAUUUUUAUUUCCCCCUCCUCUUGUCUUUCUUUAUAUAGAUUAUUUAUUCGUUUUUUUUUUUAAAAAAAAGAAUAUCCUCAAGAAAUGUUUUUUUUUCCCCCACCCCAAUGUAAAGAUUUAAAGGGACAGUGUUUUGUUUUGUUUUUCUGAAAAGAAGCGUUUAAGGCUUGGUUUUGGCUCCUGCAGAAAGUGGGAAGAAGAAUUAGAAGCAACUCAAAAAAAGAGAAUAUUUUGGGUUCAAAGUGUUUGGGAAACUUCAAUCCGGAUUGAAGGGGAGAAAUGGCUGCAGAAUUGAGCCCAGAGGAAGAGCAGGCCACCAAGCAGUUUUUGGAGGAGAUCAACAAGUGGACGGUGCAAUACAAUGUCUCUCCGCUCUCCUGGAACGUGGCCGUCAAGUUCCUCAUGGCCCGGAAGUUCGACGUCCUCCGAGCCAUCGAGCUUUUCCAUUCCUAUCGGGAAACCCGGCUGAAGGAAGGGAUCGUGAAGUUGAAGCCCCACGAGGAGCCCCUCCGGUCGGAGCUGCUGAGCGGCAAGUUCACCAUCCUGAGCGCGAGAGACCCGUCGGGCGCCUCGAUUGCCCUUUUCACCGCCAAGUUGCACCACCCCAACAAGAGUGUCCAGCAUGUGGUGCUCCAAGCGCUCUUCUACUUGCUGGACAGGGCCGUGGAGAGCUUCGAAACCCAACGGAACGGCCUGGUGUUUAUAUACGACAUGGCGGGGUCCCAUUAUACCAACUUCGAACUCGAUCUCAGCAAAAAGAUCCUCAAUUUACUGAAGGGAGCGUUUCCGGCUCGCUUGAAGAAGGUCUUCAUUGUGGGCGCACCGAUGUGGUUCCGGGUCCCUUACUCCAUCAUCAGCCUGUUGCUCAAAGAGAAACUCCGGGAAAGGGUCCAGAUGGUGAAGAUGUCGGAGCUGAAGGAGCACCUUCCACAGGAGUGUCUCCCGGAGUACCUGGGCGGAUCCCUCAAGCUGGACCCGGUCAGCUGGAACGGGCGGUUCCUCCCGCAGCAGAACGGCCACCCGGACCCGCUGGACGAGCUGAUCCUGGUGCCCUUGGUCUCCCCCCGGGACAACGGCUCGGUCCACGUCCCGGGGCCCCGGGGGAUGACGGUGCAGGAGGUGCUGGAACACGUCGACCAGAAGCAGAAGCGCGGGCUGUACGAGGAGUACGAGGGCAUCCGCAGGAGGAGCCCCGCCGGCACCUUCGCCUGCUCCUUAGCUCCCUUUAACCAGGAGAAGAACCGAUACGGCGACGUCCCCUGCCUUGACCAGACCAGAGUGAAAUUGUCCAAACAGUUCAACUACCAGGAGUUAACUGACUACAUCAACGCCAGUUUCAUGGAUGGCUACAAACAGAGGAACGCUUACAUUGGAACCCAAGGGCCACUAGAAAACACCUACAGUGACUUCUGGCGCAUGGUGUGGGAGCAGAACGUCUUGGUGAUUGUCAUGACCACAAGACUCGAAGAAGGUGGCCGGAGGAAGUGUGGCCAGUACUGGCCCUUGGAGAAGGACUUUCAGUGCUGCUACGGGACGCUGACCGUCACCAAUUUGGGCGUGGAGAACCUCAACCAUUACAAGAAGACCGCGUUGGAGAUUUACCAUUGCGAGACCCGCGAGCGGCGCCUGGUGACCCACUUCCAGUUCGUCAGCUGGCCCGACUACGGGGUCCCUUCCUCGGCGGCCACGCUCAUCGACUUCCUGGGGGCGGUCAAGCAUCAGCAGAGAGUGGCGGUCAGUGCCCUGGGACCACGAUACAAAGGGCAUCCGGGCGGGCCGCCCAUCGUGGUGCAUUGCAGCGCUGGGAUCGGCCGGACGGGUACGUUCUGCGCCCUGGACAUCUGCCUCUCGCAGCUGCACGACGUGGGCACGCUGAACGUCUUCCAGACGGUGGUGCGGAUGAGGACGCAGCGCGCCUUCAGCAUCCAGACCCCCGAGCAGUACUACUUCUGCUACAUGGCCGUCAUCGAGUACGCCCAGCGGGAGGGCCUCCUCCCCGCCUCCCGCUCGUGGCCCGGCGGAGAGAGGAGCUAA